AAAUAUAAGGGCGGCCAUCUUUGUUUCUCUGCCUUGUAGUGUAAAAUAUUCCAAAACGCCCCCCACUUUUUGUGUGUCGAUUUGAAUAUUAAAUAAAUAUCAUAAUUCGGAAGGAAUACACUUUUAGAUCUCGCGGAACGGGGUCACCGACGGGAAUAUAAUGUCCUCUCUUCUCCGUUCUUGUGAGGAAGAUGAGGGCACGGCGGUUAAUUCCGAGGGAGGAGAUUUUGAUGAAGAAGAAGAAGACGACGGAGACCUGGACGAGAACGCAAGCGACAUAAACUCGCCGGCGGCGCCUAGAGAAACUGCAGCAAGAGCCGCGCCAGAUGAUGGAGACGACAUUGGUGAGACAUCGGACAGGGACAACCUGGGGAAAAAGAAACGAGGCCCUAAAAAAAGGAAAGAGACGAAAAAGAAAGACAAGGACAAGGAGGGGAAGAUGGCCAAAGCACGCAAGCGCAAAAAAAUAGACAGUGAUGUAGAAAGAGACUCAGAGCCGGACUAUGCCAUAAACUCUGACAGUGCUGCCAGCGAUUAUGGAGGAGAGAAGAAAAAGAAGAAGAAACACAAGGACAAAAAAGAGAAGAAAACCAAGAAAAAGAAGAAAGAGGAUGAAGACAGCACACACGAAGAGACCACAAAGCCGGUGGAGAUGAAAACGUCGGCCCAGCUGGCUAGGGAGUGGGGACUGGAGGAUGUCGAUCACACAUUCACAGAAGAAGAUUACCGCACACUAACCAACUACAAAGCCUUCAGCCAGUUCAUGAGACCCAUGAUUGCUAAGAAGAACCCUAAAAUCCCCAUGUCCAAGAUGAUGACCAUUCUGGGGGCCAAAUGGAGGGAGUUCAGCUCCAAUAAUCCAUUUAAAGGUUCGGCAGCUGCCGUCGCUGCUGCUGCAGCCGCCGCCGCAGCAGCCGUUGCUGAGCAGGUCUCCGCAGCAACAGCCUCCCCUGAACCACCACCUCAGCCACCACCACUUCGCAAGGCCAAGACCAAAGAGGGCAAAGGUCCUGGCUUCAAGAAACGCAGUAAGAGUCCUCGUGUCUCAGAUAAGAAGAAGGCAAAGCCCAAGAAAAUGGCUCCUCUGCGCAUUAAACUGGGAGCACUUGGUAACAAGAGGAAGAAGAGCAGUUCGAGUGAGGAGGUGGAUGAGGACGAUUCUGAGCAGGAGAACUCCAGCGUUCACAGUUCUUCAGUCCGCUCUGACAGCUCGGGACGGGUCAAGAAGAACAAAAGGGGUCGCCCAGCAAAGAAGAAGAAAAAGGUGCUGGGUGACGAGGAUGGCGAUGGCUAUGAGACUGACCAUCAGGACUACUGCGAGGUGUGUCAGCAGGGAGGAGAGAUCAUUCUGUGCGAUACCUGUCCUCGAGCGUACCACCUGGUGUGCCUUGAGCCUGAGCUUGAGAAAGCCCCCGAGGGCAAGUGGAGCUGCCCUCACUGCGAGAAAGAAGGGAUCCAGUGGGAAGCAAAGGAAGAAGACUUUGAGGACUUUGAAGAAGAGUGUGACGAUGUCCGGGACGUGGAGGCAGGGCUGGGAGGAGAGGAAGAAGAAGAUGACCACAUGGAGUUCUGUCGCGUGUGUAAAGAUGGAGGAGAGCUGCUGUGCUGUGACUCCUGCCCGUCAUCCUAUCACAUUCACUGCCUGAACCCCCCACUGCCCGAGAUCCCCAACGGAGAGUGGCUCUGUCCACGCUGCACUUGUCCACCAAUCAAAGGGCGAGUGCAAAAAAUUCUGCACUGGCGAUGGGGUGAUCCCCCACCCCCUGUUCCUGUCCCACCACCCCCAGACGCACCCCCUGAUGCACCGCCCCCUCCACCUAUGAAGGGUCGCCCAGAGAGAGAGUUCUUUGUGAAGCUCACGGGACAGUCCUACUGGCACUGCACCUGGAUCACAGAGCUACAGCUCGAGAUCUUUCACUCGGUGAUGUUCCGGAACUAUCAGAGGAAAACGGACAUGGACGAGCCGCCCAGUCUGGACUACGGCUCUGGGGGAGAGGAGGAUUCUGGGAAGAGUGAGAAGCGAAGGGCCAAAGACCCACAAUACGCCAUUCUGGAGGAGAAGUACUACCGAUAUGGCAUCAAGCCUGAGUGGAUGAUGGUGCACAGGAUAAUCAAUCACAGCGUGGAUAAGAAGGGCAACUACCACUACCUGGUUAAAUGGAGAGAUCUGACCUAUGACCAGUGCACCUGGGAGAGAGAUGAGCUGGACAUCCCUGAGUUCGGUGCGCACAAAACGGCGUACUGGAGACACAGGGAAGAAGUGAUGAAGGAGGACCCAGAGAAGCCAAGGAAGAUGAGGAGGAGAGAGGAGAAUGAUGACGCUCCAAGCACGCCUGUUAAUGAUCCCACAAUCAAGUAUGAGGAGCAGCCAGACUUUGUGACAGAGACAGGAGGGACACUGCAUCUCUAUCAGCUGGAGGGGCUGAACUGGCUGCGGUUCUCCUGGGCACAGGGAACAGACACCAUCCUGGCUGAUGAAAUGGGCUUGGGCAAGACCAUCCAGACUAUUGUUUUCCUCUACUCGUUAUUUAAAGAGGGACACACUAAAGGGCCGUUCCUGGUGAGCGCACCGUUGUCCACAAUCAUUAACUGGGAGAGGGAGUUUGAGAUGUGGGCUCCUGACUUCUACGUUGUCACUUACACCGGAGACAAGGACAGCCGAGCCAUCAUCCGUGAGAACGAAUUCACCUUUGACGACACGGCGGUGAAGGGAGGAAAGAAAGCCUUCAAAUUACGGAGAGAAGCGCCCAUUAAGUUCCACGUGUUGUUGACGUCCUAUGAGCUUGUGACCAUAGACCAGAACGUUCUCAAGUCCAUUGACUGGGCCUGUCUUGUAGUGGACGAAGCCCACCGCCUCAAAAACAACCAGUCCAAGUUCUUCAGGAGACUCAAUGACUACAAGAUAGACCAUAAGCUGCUGCUAACAGGAACUCCACUCCAGAACAAUCUGGAAGAACUUUUCCACCUUCUGAACUUCCUGACGCCCAACCGCUUCAAUAAUCUAGAGGGUUUUCUAGAGGAGUUUGCAGACAUCUCUAAAGAGGACCAGAUCAAGAAACUGCACGACCUGCUCGGCCCACACAUGCUCCGGAGACUCAAAGCUGACGUGUUUAAGAACAUGCCGGCCAAAACUGAGCUGAUUGUCCGAGUGGAGCUCAGCCCUAUGCAGAAAAAAUACUACAAGUUCAUUCUGACGCGUAAUUUCGAGGCGCUGAAUUCUAAGGGAGGAGGGAACCAGGUGUCUCUGCUCAACAUUAUGAUGGACCUAAAAAAGUGCUGCAACCACCCCUACCUCUUCCCCGUCGCUUCUGCCGAAGCUCCUAAAACUCCAAGUGGAGCGUAUGAAGGUGCAGGUCUCACUAAGUCUUCUGGGAAACUAAUGCUGCUGCAGAAAAUGCUCAGAAAACUGAAAGAGCAAGGCCACCGAGUGCUAGUGUUCUCUCAGAUGACCAAGAUGCUGGAUUUGCUGGAGGAUUUCCUGGAUUAUGAGGGUUAUAAAUAUGAGAGAAUUGAUGGAGGCAUCACUGGAGCUCUCCGACAGGAAGCCAUCGACAGAUUCAACGCUCCUGGUGCGUGUCAGUUUUGUUUUCUUCUCUCUACGCGAGCGGGCGGUCUGGGAAUCAACUUGGCCACUGCGGACACAGUCGUCAUCUUUGACUCUGACUGGAAUCCUCACAAUGACAUUCAGGCCUUCAGCCGAGCUCACCGUAUUGGUCAGGCCAAUAAAGUGAUGAUAUAUCGUUUUGUGACUCGGGCCUCAGUGGAGGAACGAAUCACUCAGGUGGCCAAAAGAAAGAUGAUGCUCACACACCUGGUGGUGCGGCCCGGUCUGGGCUCAAAAGCUGGAUCCAUGUCUAAACAAGAGCUGGACGACAUCCUCAAGUUUGGCACGGAGGAGCUUUUCAAGGAUGAGAUUGAGGCAGGGGACAAUAAGGAUGAUGACAGCAGCGUGAUUCACUACGACAACGCUGCCAUUGAGCGUUUGCUAGACCGCAGCCAGGACGCCACAGACGACUCUGACAUGCAGAACAUGAACGAGUAUCUGAGCUCCUUCAAGGUGGCCCAGUACACUGUCAGAGAAGAUGACAAGAUAGAGGAGAUUGAGAGAGAGAUCAUUAAGCAGGAAGAAAAUGUGGAUCCUGAUUACUGGGAGAAACUCUUGAGACAUCACUAUGAACAGCAGCAGGAAGAUCUGGCCCGCAAUCUCGGCAAAGGAAAGCGAGUCCGCAAACAGGUCAACUACAAUGACGCGGCUCAGGAGGACCAAGAGUGGCAUGCUGACAUUUCAGAUAACCAGUCAGAAUACUCUGUGGGCUCAGAGGAGGAAGAUGAGGACUUUGAUGAGAGACCUGAGGGUCGCAGACAGUCACGCAGGCAGCUCCGAAACGAGAAGGAUAAACCACUGCCACCCCUGUUGGCCAGAGUGGGCGGCAACAUUGAGGUAUUGGGCUUUAAUACACGCCAGAGAAAAGCCUUCCUGAAUGCCAUUAUGAGAUGGGGGAUGCCAGCUCAGGACGCCUUUUCCUCCCAGUGGCUCGUGCGAGAUCUCCGCGGCAAGAGUGAAAAAGAGUUCAAGGCGUACGUGUCGCUCUUCAUGAGGCACCUCUGUGAACCGGUGGCUGAUGGUUCAGAGACGUUCGCUGAUGGUGUCCCGCGCGAGGGGCUCUGCAGGCAGCCGGUUCUCACGCGGAUAGGGGUCAUGUCUCUGGUAAAGAAGAAGGUGCAAGAGUUUGAGCACAUUAACGGGAAAUGGAGCAUGCCUGAACUGAAGCCAGAGAUUACUGUGGACUCCAAGAAAUCUUCAAGAGCUUCUUCACCUGCCAUUAAGACAGACACUCCCACACCUGAAAUGAGCUGCAACAACACACCGUGCACCUCCAAACCAGCCACUCCCUCUCCACCCGACAAGAUAGAAAAGAGCUUGAAAGAGGCGGAGAAAGAUGAGUGUGAAUCCCUGACAGAACCAGAAAGAGAGAGAGAGAAGGAAAAAGCAAAAGAAGGAAAGGAGGGGGAGAGUGUGGAAAGCACAGAACAUGGAGAGACUUCCACCACAGUGAAAGAGGGUGAAAAAGACCCUGUAACCAGUGAAAAAGCUCAGACAUCCGAAAGUCCAACAAAAGCUUCUGAUGACUCAAAAACAAAAGAAGGCCCUGCCAUCUCUCAGUCUUCUCCAAAAGAAAAGAGUGAGAAAGAAAAACAAGAGGAGGAGAGCACUGAAAAAGAGGCCUCCCCAGAGAAAACGUCAGAUUCUCCAUCUGUUAAAGAUGAGAGCAGAGAGGCUUUGAAAGGGGACAAGGGAGAGAAAAGAGAAAAGGCUGGAGAAGAAAAAGAGAAGAGUGAACUGACGUCUCCUCCCACAGAAACAACAGAAAAGAAAGAGAAAUUAGAUCAACCCUCAGAUGUCAAAAAAGAGGAGGUGAAGGGUGAAAAGGAUGCUGUGAAGGAGGUCAGAGGGCAGAGGGAGGAGGUGCCCAAAGGUAACGGCAAACCCACAGAGCGUCCACGGUUUAUGUUCAACAUCGCAGACGGUGGAUUCACAGAGCUCCACACUCUUUGGCAGAACGAGGAACGGGCGGCAAUUUCAUCAGGAAAGAUCAAUGAGAUCUGGCACCGGCGACACGACUUCUGGCUGCUGGCGGGCAUCGUGUGCCACGGCUAUGCACGGUGGCAGGACAUUCAGAACGACCCGCAGUUCGCCAUCGUUAACGAACCUUUCAAAACUCAAGCCAACAAGGGAAACUUCUUAGAGAUGAAAAACAAGUUCCUGGCCAGGCGGUUUAAGUUGCUAGAGCAGGCCCUGGUGAUAGAGGAGCAGCUGCGUCGGGCCGCGUACCUCAACAUGACCCAGGACCCGACUCACCCGGCCAUGGCCCUGAACGCUCGCUUUGCUGAGGUUGAAUGUCUAGCUGAGUCCCAUCAACAUCUCAGCAAGGAAUCGCUCGCUGGAAACAAACCUGCCAAUGCCGUCUUGCAUAAGGUUCUUAACCAACUGGAGGAGCUUCUGAGUGACAUGAAGGCAGACGUAAUGCGGCUCCCAGCCACACUCUCUAGAGUCCCGCCAAUCACGGCCCGCCUGCAGAUGUCAGAGAGAAGCAUCCUCAGCAGACUGGCCAACAAAGGCAACGAGACACACACACCGCCGCCUAUUCCUCCAGGCCCGUACGCCACCCCACAGAACUACGGCCCUCCUUUCACACCUGCACCUUCAGCGGCUCUCACUCUGGCUGGGGCCAACUACACCCAGAUGCCCCCUGGCGCUUUCAUAUCAGAAGCUCCGUCCUGCCUGAAGACCAAGGAACAUGACGUGCUGCAGCGCCAGAGGGUGGUGGACCUGUGGAAGGAUGGCAAGUCGGAAGGGUCAAUUGGGCAGGAGCUUCGCAUGCCUAAAUCCACCGUGCACAGCAUCAUCGUCAAGUACCGCCUCAGCAACACGGUGGAGAACCUGCCACGCAACGGACGGCCCAAAAAACCAUGACCUGAAAGAGCGGUGGAUUGAGGACGGGAGGGAUGAAGUGACUGUAGAAUGUGAGGGGCAGAAAGACUAGGAAAAAAACUAUAAAUAAAUUAGACAGGAUUGGAGGUGGGAAUGUCUGAAAAUACUGUAGCCGAGAGAAUAUUGUUGCAGGCUGCUGGACUUCUUGAGAAAAGAUACUCUUCAGGCGAAAUGGUUAUUAACAGAUAGACAAAACGAGCAAAUGCAAAAGAGAGAAGUGAAGUAGGGAAAAGGGAGCUGAAACGAGAGCCGUUUGGACGACGAAAACACAGACCUCUUCUUCCAUUUCUGCCCUUUCCAGCACUUUUUUUCUCUCUCUAUCUCUCUUCCACUCUCACUCUCUCUCCCCUUGCCCCCUCCGUUCCCUUUCUUUCAUCUGUCGGUCCGAGAGAAGUCCCAGCAGAUUAAUUUUUCAUUUGGCCGAAGGAGCGAGAGCGCUCGUUUAAGUGCCCGAAUCCUUCCCUCCCUAAUUCCACCACAAAUCACUAUUUCUCUGCAUCCCUUUAUACAGUAUCUCUCUUUCUUUUAUCAUUUAUCCACUCUCCUUCUGUCGUUCUCUCUCUCACGCACAUACAGCCUCACAGUGUCAGAAGUGAAGGAUUCCAAAGACGGCAGUUUUUCCAAAAUACCACAAGUUUGUUUUCUGUCAUUAAAACCCCUGACCCAAUCAAAACUGUUUUGGAACUGAGGCACAGUGGAGUGGAACUAUCUUUUUUCCCCUGGAAACUGCGGACCUUUUGAAAAACUCUGCAGCCACGGACUCUCUGCGUUCCUAAACCAGGACUGUGAAAUGUUAAAAUGGCAUGAAAUCGCUCCAUAUAUAUGAAGACUGACUUUUCAUCACAGCAACCUGACCAGCGGGCUGACACAGACAGAUAUAUAUCUGCACCUGAUCUGAGAUCAGUUGUAUGAUUUUCCAGAGCUAACUUGUUGAAGAAAUCCUGGGUCAGAAGACCUUCAUGCUGAGCAUGCACACGAUUCAACCUGUCCAACCAAAUUCCUGCGCUGUGCUAGAGCCAGAUUCAAUCCCCAGCAGGACAUUUAUACAGUACAAGACUGUUGUAUGAGAACACCCUGCAUUCUACAAAAAUGCACAAACACACCCACGUGUGCACACUCACGCACGCUUGAGAGCCACUUAAGUAGCUCUGUAUUUUCCACCACAUGGUGUCUUUUAUUGAAGUGGCUGAGUGUGCGUGUGUGUGCAUGCAGUAUCAAUGAACUGAAGCUAAUUGUGCGUAUGUUUGUGUUCGGUUGGGGUUGAUACUGUACGAGUGAAGAUUCAGGGCUUCUGGUGUGUGGGUUCUUCUGUGUGAGUGAUUAAUUGUGUGAGUGCGCUGGUUGUUUGAAUAGGCUGGGUCACUGAGGCCAGAUGCCAUCUCUGCAUGUUUUUCUGGUUUACCGAGACGUAGAGGCAGGCUGGUGUGCAGAAGCAAAACUUGGUGCCCUCAGAUAAUGUUUGGUCAGAGAAAGAUGGUGGAAAGGGAGACAGUCUGAGAAAGACAUCAGAAUAGCAGGUUUAUGGGUGACUAGCGGAUAAGUGAUUAAUGUUUUGAUUAUUUCUUUAAUGAAUUAGGAUGAAAAAGCCAAAUUUAUUUUCUGUAUUUUAUAUAAAAGCAAGUUAAUUAACAUGUUGCCCAAUGUUCUCUUCCAAACACUGUGCAAAUUGAAGGCUGUAAAAACAAAUAUAGAUGUAUAAAAGUGGGCUUUACUAAACACUAUGGCCAAUAAAUAUGAAAUAAAAUAAAUGAGAAAUGUUGUUUACAGGAACACAAACAUUCCCAGACAUAGAGUUUGGGGUUGGUAGGAAUUGUUUAAUGUUUAGAAAGACGUCUCUAAUAUUCACCAAGACUGCAUUCAUUUGAUAUGUCAUUCUAAAAUACUGAUUUGGUGCUCCAGAAAGAUUUCUUAUUAUUAUCAAUGUUGAAAACAGUUGUGCCACUUAAUAUUCUUGCGUAAACCAUGAUACAUUUUUCAGGAUUCUUUGACUGAACAGAAAGUUGAAAAGUUAUUUUCUGAGUAACAACAGUGUUCAUUUCUUUAAAAAUUCUUAGUGACCCCUAACUUGUGAACAGUACUGUAUUAAUGUGUUAAUAUAAUUUUUCCUGAAUAAGUUUUCCUGUAAAGGACUUCUUAUGUUUAUAUCUCAUUACAGUUACUGCUCUUUUAAAAUAAUUUUACUGGUGGUGCAUAUAUUUCAAUUAAAUUAUUAAAUGAGACAUUUAAAAUCUGAAUUUAACAUCCAACAAAUUUCAUCAAAAUGAAUUAUUGACCUUCAUUGAUCGCGUUAAUUAAGUCUUUUAAGUAAAACAUGGCCCAAUUAAUACAUAAUGAUAGUUAUUUAAUUUGUUUUGAUUAUUAUCAUUCAUUCAUUAUUAUUUAUUUGAUUAAUUAAUCAUUGCAGCUCAAAGUAUGAGAGACAGAUAGCCAGGGAAGAGAGACAAAUCUAAAAGAAAGAAUCAAUCUGAGAGUGAAUCAGUCAGAGAGGGAAAGAAAGGCAGUCUGACAGAAACACACGGUCUGAGAGAGACAUUUUGGAAUAGAGAAAAAGUCUGAGUAAAAGUGGUAAUCUGAGAGAGACAGUCUGGGGAAAAGAAGAAGCCUGAAAGACAGUGAGACAGUCUGGGAGAGAGACAGUCUGAGUGAGAAAGCCAGUUAGUUCCAAGAUUGUUGAUUGUAGAAGCAGAGAGUCAAGACACUCCGAGAUCUGAAUCUGAGUAAUGAAUUAUUUUCCUUGGCUCGCGCUGCAGAAGUAUGCAGUACAACGUUCAGCGAUAUGAAAGUCACCCGGCGGGUUUCUAGCUCAGCAUUUCCCCCUUGUAAAGGAGCCCCAAUGCAUUCCAAGCUCUCUCCAGACGCGUUCCCAUCUGAAGGCCAUGCAUUCUUCUUCUCUUAUUGCAUGUUUACGAAACGGUGCCAGUCUUAAUCAGAUAAUUGAACUCAAGCGUUACCAUUAGCCUGUUCCAGUGGACACAUUUCUUUUUUUGCAUACUCCAGAACAUUAAUCUCAGCCAAAACCUGUAGCACAACAAACGACUCUAGCGUUUUUGUCCUUGGAAAAACUUAGGUUGUGUAAUUUUGAGGAACACGUGCCAAGAGGGAUUGUUCCUUUGAAGAACUGUUCCUCAGUUCCCUGCAUGUUUAGGCCUGAGACAAAACAGGUACCCCGAGUGCACAGUCAAGGUGGCUGUCAAUCACCUGUUCAGGAUAUUGUGCAACCAAAAAUUACAUUUGGACUUUUAAAAAUGGCUUGAAAUAAAGAUGCAGUUCUUCAAACCAAAGGAAUUAAGUGCUAUAACCCCAUUUAUAGAAUAGAAUAGAAUAGAAUAGAAUAGAAUAGAAUAGAAUAGAAUAGAAUAGUCACAUUUGCAAAAUUUUGGCAAAAUUUCAUGGACAAAAAUGGUCCAUUGUCAAUAGUUUAGCGAUGCAUGUAGCACUGCUCAAAUAGAAGUCACUUUCAAACCAAGCAACUUUCUGUUGGUCAACGCAACAUAUUCGCGUGACCAUCUUGAACGUGAGCAAAUUUGCAAAUCUCACGCAAAACUCCCAAUUGUGCAGAUUCCUGUCGAAAUUACUGGAUUUCGCCCAUGUAAUUUUGCUGAGCAGUGGUAGGCUAAAUGUAACCGUAACUUUAUAUUGUAGGCCAUUUAUAGUCAUUUAUAGUCAGGUACUGUAGGAUGUUCCCGGCAGGACAGUUACACGUGACUCAGAAGUUUAUAUGUGACUCAAAUGAUGGCAGCUAUCAUGUCUGUCUGAGUCAUACUGUGAGUUUGUUAAAAAAAAAACUACAAGUACAGCAAAUUAAGCUAAAGAAUUUCAAACACUAUACACUCACUAUGUGCUUGUGUGUGGUGAACUAAAAUGCUCAGUACUGUUGUCCUCACAUACAUUUCUUUAUAGAAGACAAUGUUUUGUAUUAUUAUUAUUACUGUGUAUGGUAUAUAGUAUACUCUGAUUGUAUGCAAGUUUACCCAUUAAAGGAUGUCCAUAAUGGAGCACAAUGUGGUUUUGUAUAUUUUUUUGUCUGUGGCUAGGUAGGGAUGCACAAUAUAUUGGUACUGUAUCAGUUAAUAGCAGUUAUUAAUGUUUAUUGGUUAAUUUAGAUAUUUAAUUGUGCAUGUUCAUUUCCCCUAUUUUUACAUUUAAAGUGAUAUUUCACCCAAAACCAUUCUGUCAUUAAUUACUCACCCUCAUGUUGUUCCAAACCCGUAAGACCUUUGUUCAUCUUCGGAACACAAAUUAAGAUAUUUUUGAUGAA